GGUUAAUGUUACUGAGCCGCUGUACUCUGUGAUAGAGGACACGUACACCUGAACACACCUUUUCACUGGUUCUUCCUGUAUCAAAUCAUACCUCCUCGUGCAGCUUAAGUUUAAACAGGCCACAGGAUCAUCAUGGCAAGCAGCUUCGCAAGGCUUUUAUCCUCCAAAAGGAACGUGGGUUUGCUAUCUCUGGUCGGCGCUGGAUCUCUCAGUGUAGGAUUUUAUCUGAACAGGGAGCAUGUGAGCGCAGGAGCGAUCGGCCGAAGACAAUACCCGGCCAGUGCAGAAUACCCUGAUUUACGAAAACACAACAACUGCAUGGCCAGCCAACUGACACCUGCCAUAUAUGCCCGGCUGUGUGACAAAGCCACUCCGAAUGGCUUCACGCUGGAUCAGGCUAUUCAGACGGGCGUGGACAACCCCGGGCAUCCCUUCAUCAAGACUGUGGGCAUGGUGGCUGGAGACGAGGAGACCUAUGAGGUAUUUGCUGACAUUUUUGACCCUGUCAUCACAGAGAGACACAAUGGUUAUGACCCACGCACUAUGAAACAUCCCACUGAUCUGGAAGCCAGUAAGAUACGAGGUGGUAUCUUUGACGAGAAGUACGUAUUGUCAUCCCGAGUGCGAACAGGCCGCAGUAUUCGAGGUCUGAGCUUGCCUCCUGUCUGCACGCGUGCUGAGCGCAGGGAGGUAGAGCGGGUGGUAGUGAGCGCUCUUGCCGGUCUUCAGGGUAGUCUGGCAGGCAAAUAUUACAGUCUGACUGAGAUGACCGACCAAGAACAGCAGCAGCUCAUCGAUGAUCAUUUUCUGUUUGACAAGCCAGUUUCACCCCUUCUGACAUGCGCAGGAAUGGCACGGGAUUGGCCUGAUGCCAGAGGCAUCUGGCAUAACAAUGAGAAAACAUUCUUGGUGUGGAUUAAUGAGGAGGACCACACUCGCGUGAUCUCAAUGGAGAAAGGGGGGAAUAUGAAGAGAGUCUUUGAGCGAUUCUGUACGGGCCUAAAAGAGGUGGAAAGGCUGAUUCAGGAAAAAGGCUGGGAGUUCAUGUGGAACGAGCGUAUGGGUUACAUCCUCACCUGCCCUUCUAACCUGGGCACAGGCCUACGCGCUGGCGUCCAUGUGAAACUACCUCGCCUCAGCAAGGACUCUCGCUUCCCCAAGAUCCUUGAUAACUUGCGUCUGCAGAAAAGAGGCACUGGAGGAGUGGACACGGCGGCUGUAGGGGGCACCUUUGACAUUUCUAACCUGGACAGACUUGGCCAGUCAGAGGUCCAGCUGGUCCAGACGGUCAUCGACGGAGUGAACUACCUGAUCGAGUGUGAGAAGAAGCUAGAAAAAGGCCAAGAUAUUAAGAUCCCUGACCCUAUUCGCCAGAAGAAGUAGACACUAAACCUCAUCCCCUCAAUUCUCUUUAUUUAUGGUACUCUAAACUCCAUUCCAAACAGCAUGCUUUUUGUGCGUUGUGUCUUCACAGCUCCACUCCUCUGUAACAACAGGAGUGAAUGUACUGUCCGCCAUGAUUGUGUUGAUGUGGCCUUACUAUUCUGACACGUACCACAUGUCUCAUUUAUUCAUUGUGCUGCAAUAAGAGUAUUAUAACCUUUGAGAAUUGUUCAAAUAAGCAACAGAGAAUCAUGUGAAUGUUUUUGCAAAAAGGAACCACUAAAUUAUAUAAAGCGCUUUACUGACAGAUUAA